GCAGUACUGGGGUUGAUACUGGGACGAUCAGUCACCUCUACAGAAGUGUCCAAACAAACCAAACUCGUCUCAGUUCCCACAGACACCCGAGCCACUCCAGUAGCACAACCCCCCUUGAUGAACUUAGCCCUGUGAGUCACAUCAGUUAGCAUGGGCCGGUGGAAGAACAAAGUGGAAAGCUGCCCCCAGCUCAGAUGGCAGUGACUGGGCUUGGCUUGUUUCCUUGCUCUAUUUAGCUGCACACCGUUACCAGGAAGGAGCUGAAAUCUCUUGGGCUUCAGAAGCGAAAGAGAAAGCAGAAGCAGCUGACCAAAAUAAAAGCCCAGCCUGCACAGGACCUGCCUACGGAGUAGCUACAGAUCAGCUAGAGAGCAGGAGCAGCUACGGAGCAGCGAGAGAGCAGCUCACCUCACCAGGGCAUCACGUUGGCUCUCUCCAGCUGGAUGGGCAGCCUAUUCAGAACAAUGAGCGUCCUCCGUGUGGCCUUCCAGUCUAUCCAGAAGCCUGUUGCAAAGAAGACCUCCAAGCGAAGCUACAAGAAGUAGUAAGAUAUUGACCAGGGGAAGGUGACAGUGUGAAGCAGAAGCCAGCAAGAGGGCACUGAGAACAGUCCGCGUUUCUGGCAGAGGACCAGGGAGUCGGCUUUGCCAGGCAGCCCGAGAGAGGAGCAAGGAGGAAGACAAUCGCAGCAGGUGACUCCAUGGCAGUCUUUACCAUGGUAUUUAAAAAGCAUGUGGACACCAGGAUGGGUCUGAGGCGCAUCAGGGACCCGAUCUGUGUGCUGAUCGUCCUCAAGGCUGCCGGGACCUUGACCUUGAUGCUCUAUGCCCUGUGGUGGAAAGCUGGGAACCUGGUUGACCUCCCUGACAAACGCAUUGGCUUUUACAACUUCUGCCUGUGGAAUGAAACAGCCAGGGAGCUGCAGUGCCUGAAGUCCAAGCAUCUCCAGGUGAUGGGCAUCAACCUAAUGGGAAUGGGGCUGGCCACAGUUUGUGUGUAUGCCUGCCUGGUCUUCAACAUCUUCUACCUCUUUUUUAUGAUACUUGUGAGGGGCACAGAGGAAAGAGAGGGCUGGAAGCUGAUUCUCAUCAUACUCGUGAUCAAGGUGGCAAUGCUGUCUGGAGGCCUGGGUAGUUUUCUUCUCCAAACCUCACAGUGGAUUCACCCCUCUGAUUUCACUGGGGGCUUCUUCGCACUGCUUGGGACUCAGGCUCUGCUAUUACUCCAGAUUCUCAUUAUCACUGUGUACCUUAGCUGGGCAAACUACACACAGCAGUGUCAAAGGUCUUUUACUGAGAAGGCCCUGCCCGUUGUGAUUUGACAGUGAAGAAGAUGCAAGAGCUACUGAUAACCUGUCUUAAAAUAGCAAUCCCACUAUAGCUUUAGUCACUGGCAAGAAUUUAAUCUUUGGUCCAAAGGGCCAUGUCCAGCCACGCUCUGAUACACAGCUGUGUGCAACGCUCCUGCUGGGCCAUCACAGCCAGAGCACUGGACAGGGUCUCUCUGUGCCACAUCUGUAACCUCACACAAAAUGCCUGGAGAGCAGCCCUGAGGAGAAGGACUUGGGAGUGCUUAUGGAUGAGAAGCUCAACAUGAGCCGGCAGUGCGCACUGGCAGCCCAGAGAGCCAACCGUGCCCUGGGCUGCAUCAGGAGAAGU